AAAAAAUUCUGUCAAGCUGAGCAGACACGUGCACUGCCCCUUUUGUUGUUAUGACUACAAGGUCGUAAAUCCGCCAUGUUUUCCAGCCUGCUGUGUCGUUGCGACAGAGACGGAGAACUGGAACGACAUGAAUGUAGAAAAUGAUCAUACGGCAGAAACACACAACGGCAAAGAGACCGUCAGCGUCCAGUCUGCUCUCGGAGACGAAGAUGAAGAUGUACAUAAGUGCGGACGUUGUCAGUCCGAGUUUUCAACGCUGGAAGCUUUCAUCCAGCACAAGUUGCGUCAUAGCUGCAAACGGCCACAAGAGGGUGCUGCUAAAGAGAAUCAGCGGCUGAUGGACGCGUUCUCCCAGUGCGUGAUGAAAGCCAGUGGUCCACUGGGCCGAGGUUGCAGGAAGAAGUUUGCUUCGAGUAAGCUCAGUGACCAGUCAGAUGGGACCGAAGGAUCCACGUCUGACAGCGGUGAAAAUGACAAACCUGCUUUCAAAGUCAACAAAGAGGGACGCUACAUCUGUAAUCUUUGUGAAAAGACAUUUAAAACUGUGUCACAUCUGAGAACCUCACAUGAAACACACAGUGACCAGAAAAUCACGUGUCAGCUAUGUGAGACCUUCCGCACUAAAGGCUCCCUGAUUCGCCACAAUCGUCGUCACACAGAUGAGCGGCGCUAUCGCUGUACCCUCUGUGGCCAGUCAUUAAGAGAGUCUGGUGCCCCACCAGACAACAUGAAGGCCCUCACACCCUGCACAAAAAAGAUCCGCUUCAUUCAGUACAAGGAGAUUGUGGUCAGCAAAGAUGGCAGACAGAAAGGAGUGGAACCUGAUCCUGCAACAGCGGGUCCUCAGCAGCAGGAGGUGGUGAUUGUGGAGCAUCAUCGAGAUCAGCAGGAUAAAGUGGAAGCCCAGACUGUGGUCAGCGUGCUGGAGGCUGGUUCUCCAGAAGUCGUCCAUCAGGUCCACUUCACAAUGGAGCUGGAUGGAACAACACAGGAGCAACAGGUGGUGGUGGAUGACUCUCAGGCUGAAGCCUUGACCGCAGCUGCCACUGCAGGUGAGAAUGUCAUCUGUCAGGGCAUCAUCAACUCUGGCAUCACAGUGGGGCCGGAGGAAGCGUGGUUUGAAACGGUACAGGAAGUUGAGGAGGUGAAUAAAGUGACCUCCAACUGUCCACAUGGUGAUGACUGUGUCACUGAGAUCCAGGUUAAAGAAGAGUUUGUGGAGAUUGAGGCAGAGGAAGAAUGUGAUGGAGAUGAUCAGAUGGCUUCAAAAUUGCACAUGUGUCCCCACUGUAAUCACUCUUUCAAGGGACUCAGCUGCUACAACUUUCAUGUCAAGGGUCAUUUGGGUUGCAAGCCUUUUAAGUGCACUCGGUGCCAGAAGGACUUCCUGACUGGCCAGCUGCUGAAGAAACACAUGGAUGGCCACCUCAUUGAGAGGAAGUACAAGUGCGGCGAAUGCGGCAAGCUGUAUAAGACAGUUGGGCAUGUGCGCGAACACAUGAGGGCUCACUCCAAUGAAAGGCCGUAUCGCUGUGCCAAAUGUAACAAGGGCUACAAGACCAAGAAUGCAUUGCAGGUCCACCAGCGAACUCAUGGGAAUUUGAAACCCUACGUGUGUCACUUCUGCUCCAGCAGCUUCAGGGAGAAAGGUUCUCUUGUGCGACACAUUCGCCACCAUACGGGAGAGAAGCCUUUCAAGUGCCCGCAGUGUGGGCGUGGCUUUGCUGAGCACGGGACCCUCAAUCGCCACUUACGUGCUAAAGGAGGCUGCCUUAAGCUGGAUUCCAGUUUGCAGCAGGUCGUGGUCACGGAGGAGCAGGCAUCAGUGGACGGCCUCACUACUGAGGACCCUGAAGGCGUCCUGAUGGAGUUCUCUUCUGUGGUAGCAGACACACAGGAGUACAUUAUCAAUACAGAACCAGAAGAGACGGUGCAGGUUGAAGAACUUACACUCAUUGAUGACGACCAUAAUGAGGUGGGCACCCAGAUUAUGAAAGUUGUGCAGCGUAUUGUCAGCCAGUCACAAAGCGCCGGCGGCACAGGCAGCCACCAGAUCAUUGUGCGUAACGCGGCAGAUGAAGAAGGCACGUCCAUCUCUGACUGUGGCGACACCAUCACCAUCGCUACGCCCGAGAGCCUCACAGAGCAGGUGGCCAUGACGUUGGCCUCAGCUAUCAGUGAUGGAACACUACUGGCCGCUGCGGGAGCCAUGGAGGCAGCAGAUGGAAUGGUUACUAUGGUUACCACUCAGGAAGCAGUGGAUGAGGGAGUUCAGAUGGUGCAGCAGCAAGAGGAAUACGUCAUCACGUCACCGGAGGAGGUGGAGAUUCUGACCCGUGUCAUAUGAAGGAAGCAGAAGCUAACUACUGACGAAACAGUUUGCAGAACGUUUUGAAUAUUGCGGCAAACAAAACGAAAACAAGACCUAAAGCCCAAGUGUUAGAGAAAUGUUACCUGCAAAGAUUUUUGUGUUUGUGAAAUAUAACAGCUGAGAGUGCAUGAGGACGAGUUCUGUGUUUGGAUUAAUUUAUUUAUUUGAUCAGCUGUCUGCUGAAGUAUUCCAUAUUUUUGGUGCAGAUGACUUCAAAGCACGAAGUAACAGAUCGGCUUUUUAAGUUUUUAUUUCUAAGGCAGAUUACUUGGACAUAACUACUUUCCAUGAAAUUUGAUGAAAAUGUUGGCCUGGCUAUGAAAAGGUCUGAAUAUUUUGUGAGGGGUGUUUUCACUCCCAAACCACUUUGAAACUUAGUCAAACAGCUGUUCAGCCUGGAAUUGAGAAACUUGUACAAGGUUUGCUGAGUUGUGGAUGAUGUCGAUCCAGCAAAGUGAAAGGUUACGACUUAUUGUUUCGUAUUUUACCAGAGCUGCUUGUUGAAUGUUUGUCUUUGCUGCUUUUUUGUGAUACUGCAAAGUAAAAUUUCUUCUACAUUCUUA